UCGACUCUGGAACGUCCCAGCCGCAUGCCCGGUGCGGGGGCGUAGGGGGGGCUCCGAUGUUUAUUUAGCGGGCUGCUGGCUCGGCUAGGGGCCUCCGGGAGCGGGCUGUGCGCGCUGGCUCGCAGAGGAACCAUGUACCGGCGCAGCUACAUCUUCCAGACCCGCAAGGAGCAAUAUGAGCGCGCCGAGGAGCCGCCGCGCCCCGCCGAGUCGGACAGCCUGACGGAGGGCUGGGCGGGCGCGCCAAGCCUGGCGGCGCUGCAGGGACUCGGCGAGCGCGUGGCCGCCCACGUCCAGCGGGCCCGGGCGCUAGAGCAGCGCCACGCUGUCCUACGGAGGCAGUUGGACGCCUUCCAGCGCCUGGGCGAGCUGACCGGCCCCGAGGAUGCUCUCGCCCGCCACGUGGAGGGCAACCGCCAGCGCGCCCGGGACCUGGCGGCCGAGCGCACCCGGCUGGAGCGCCAGGGCGCAGAGGCUCAGCGCGCGCUGGACGAAUUCCGGAGCAAGUAUGAAAAUGAGUGUGAGUGUCAACUGCUGCUAAAAGAGAUGCUCGAACGGCUUAACAAGGAAGCGGAUGAGGCUCUAUUGCGAAACCUGCGCCUUCAGAUCGAAGCCCAGUUUCUGCAGGACGACAUCAGUGCGGCCAAGGACAGGUACAAAAAGAAUCUUCUGGAAAUUCAGACCUAUGUCACCAUCCUGCAGCAGAUCAUCCAGACCACCCCGCAAGCAGCCGCCAUAACAAGUGGGAUGAGGGAGACAGCAGCCCUUGAACAAGCUAUUAAAGAUGCCCACCUGUGUUACGAUGAUGAGAUUCAGCUCUAUAACGAGCAGAUUGACACCCUGAGGAAGGAGAUCGAGGAGUCAGAGAGGAGCCUGGAGAGGUCUUCCUAUGACUGCCGCCAGCUGCUGGUCGCCCAGCAGACCCUGAGGAACGAGCUGGACCGAUACCAUCGGAUCAUUGAGAACGAAGGCAACAGACUGAGCUCUGCCUUCAUUGAAACACCCAUCACACUGUACACAGCGAGCCAUGGAGCCUCCCUCAGCCCUCGGCACGGUGGGAAAGAUCUCGCCAGGGUUGUGCAGGAUAUAACAACAGCAAAACCAAGACAAAAAGGCCUCCCCAAGAAUGUUCCAAGGAAAAAGGAGAUUAUAGCGAAAGACAAAGCAGAUGAAAGUCUGGAAGAGGCACCACUGAGGGGUCUGGAAGACACAAAGCCGGGGCGGGUGGUAUUUAAAGAAGAGGAAGAAUCUAAGCUUGAAUCAGGGGAUGAAGGAGUGAGUCUCUUGACCCCGGUAGGGGCGCCGGAGGAUGUUCCAGAUGGAGGGAAGAUAAGCAAAGCCUUUGAAAAACUAGGCAAGAUGGUCAAGGAGAGAAUGAAGGGCCCCAAAGAACCUGAGCCUCCCCCUGAGCUCUAUACCAAAGGGCGGUAUGUGCUGGUCUCCGGGGAUGCCAACUUCGUGGACCCGGGCUUCUGUUCCUUCUCUGUCCCAGCCAAAGGGGGUGUGGUUGUUUCCAAGGUGGAUGACUCUUUGCAUCCUGACCUUGGCGUGGAGCCCUCUCCCCCGCAGCCUGAGCCCCCUCUGGAGGACGGACAGGGGCCUCCGCCAGAGAAAGAAGAUGCUCUGCAGGAUGGACAGGGGCCUCCCCCGGGGAAGGAAGAUGCUCUGCAGGAUGGGCAGGGGCCUCCCCCAGGGAAAGAAGAUGCUUUGCAGGAUGGACAGGGGCCUCCGCCAGAGAAAGAAGAUGCUCUGCAGGAUGGACAGGGGCCUCCCCCGGGGAAAGAAGAUGCUUUGCAGGAUGGACAGGGGCCUCCGCCAGAGAAAGAAGAUGCUCUGCAGGAUGGGCAGGGGCCUCCCCCAGGGAAAGAAGAUGCUCUGCGGGAUGGACAGGGGCCUCCCCCAGGGAAAGAAGAUGCUCUGCAGGAUGGGCAGGGGCCUCCUCGGGGGAGAGAAGAUGGACACCCCCUGCCAAGCACACUGCAGACAAGGGGGUUGAGAUAAAUGAACAGAAGGGCCCUGGGAAGAAGCAGGAUGUUCAGAAGGAGGACGAGGGGGCCAGGAGGCCCUGUCCCAUGGUCAUGCCUGCUCCAGAGGGACCGUCCACACCCCAGUCUCAAGGGCCUCGGGUCACUUAUGGGGGGCCCCUGGGGCCUGGGGCCAGGAGCAGCAGCCUGCCAGCCAGAAGCCCUCCUAGGACGCUGGCCUAUGAGAAGGUGGAAGUGAUGGAAUCCAUUGAGAAGUUUUCCACCGAGAACAUUCAGACGUAUGAAGAGACUGCUGUGAUUGUGGAGACCAUGAUUGAGAAGACAAAGGCCAACAGGAAGAAAGUGGGAGAGAAAGGCUCCGGGGACGCCUAGCUCGUGGGGGGAAACAUCCCUCGGGCCGCUGUAGGGACGUGCUUUGCUGUUUUAGAAUAAACCUUGCAAGAGUGAGGGUUCUUGUUUGGGUUAGAGCAGACUUGGCCCAUCUGACAUUGCCAGUGAAGCCUUAAUUAAAGAGUUUUCUUUGCUUGCA